AUGGCUCCCAAAAUCCUCCACCGUUUCUACGAGCCUAUCAUGCUCCUCGAAGCCCUCAAGGGGCCCAUUGGCGAACCAUCAUCUGGCCCCUCCCCGGCCAUGCGCGUUGACGACGAGGAUCCCAAACAGCUCUUCCAGGCCUUCGUCUACAGGCUUGCUCAUGUCUGUGAUCGAGAAAAGGGCGGCAAUACGGUGACAUCCAUCAUGGUCCUUGACACUAGCAAUGUCUUGGCAGCUGUGCAAGAGGUCCGAUAUGUCUUUGGUGUCAACCAAGCUACCCCUCGCCAUCUGGAGCACACGGCCGAGUUUCUGCGUACUGUUCUGGAAAAGGUAGCGAGUGCUCCGCCAAAGAGUGAUAGGGAGGGCCGAGAGGCGGCCGAGAGGGAGCUGUGGCAGACUGUCCUCCGCUUCAAUCGACCGAGGGUCAAGUUUUAUCUCAAGUCGCUGAGGGAGAAGGCAGAAGACUGUUUACGGCAGUGUGAGGUGGACGAGAAGGAGGAGGAUCGCGAGGUAGCCAGAGGGCUACAGGACUUGCUCGAGUCAGAAGACUAUACCGUCACGGAAAUGACGUCGGAAGCAGAGUACGACCAGAAAUGCAACACCAUCACCCGACAACUCAAGAGCAUCUUCGCUUCCACACGCCUCAAUGCCAUCCUAAUUGCCCGCGCCGCUGCCGGCCGCACCGCCAUGACUGGCCACGCCAGUAUGGAAUGCUGGUCUGAUCUAGUGCACGUCGCCCAGCGCAUCCGGGCCUACCGCGCCUCGGUGCACUCCUUCUUCAAAGCCCGCGACGAAUGGCCACAUCUCUUCCAAGGCAAGACCCGUAUUGUCGCCAUUCCGAGCGCCGACCUCCAGGACACGCCCCGACGCAAAAAAUCCCUUCAAGCCGAGAGCAUCGUUGGCCGCAUGACCUCCAACGAGAAACUGAUGACCAUCUUCAAGCGCUUUGUGCAAGACUUGCAAAUGCACAAUCUCGACACCAGACUAGUAGACGCCUACGAAACAAACAAGAAACUGGCCGUCCAUUCCGAAGUGCUCCUGCACCAUUGGCUCCUUACUGAUCGCGGCAAAGGCGAAAUCAGUCCCACCAUGUUCUUCAACUCGUGGCCUUAUAUCGGCUCAAGCAAGCCCACCUGCAAGUUAUGCAAAUACUACUUUGAUGAAUCGCGAUCGGGCGUCGAGGUUCGAGCUUCCCAUGGAAACUUGUAUCCAAAGUGGCGAUUGCCAGACGUCUACGACUUCCACGGCCCCGAAGCAGUCAAAAGGAGGCAGAUCAUGUUGGACAGGAUUCUACAGCGCGUCAGGACCGAAGUGUUUAAUGUCAUCAAGAAGAAGAGCCCGUUGAGCUAUAAGCACGAAGACUCAAAUACUUGGUCCGCCACGAUGCAUCUCGAUGAUCGGCUGACACAGAAUCAGACAGACGCGGGGACAGACGCCGGGACGAGGGCAGGCACGGUGGCGGAUUGGGACGACAAUUCGUCUGUGAUUGUGCAUCGAGCUGAUGCGGAGCCGGCGCCGGGCAUUGAGAAUGAUGUGGACAGCAAUGCAUCUUUGGACUCCAUGCAAGCUAUGGAGGGUAAUGUUGAAGAUCUUCGAGGCCUUCAUCUGCAUGACAAGGUCGACGAGGUUGAUGUGCGUACUCAAACGGGUAUGGUACAGGAUGAAGACGAGGAUGAUGAUGACGAUGAUGACAAUGGGGGAGGGGCGGCACUUUAA